AUGUUCUUGGAUAUAGCUGUCCAUUCUCAUUUACAACGAGCAUUUUCAGUCUCCUCUGCACUAGACUAUGACCUCGUCGUGAUCGGUGGUGGUUCCGGUGGCUUGUCCUGCUCGAAAGCGGCACGAGAAUACGGUGCACGUGUGGCUUUGGUUGAUGGAGUAGUACCAAGUCCGCAUGGAACCACAUGGGGUAUUGGAGGAACAUGUGCUAAUGUAGGAUGUAUCCCGAAAAAACUUAUGCACCAUGCUGGAAUUGUGGGUAAAGAGGUGAGCUGUUCGGAUAUAGCUGGCGAAAUAACGUUGGUAAAAGUGGUCAAUGAUCGGAUUAAGGCUAACAACUGGAUAUACCGCGUGCAGCUAAAUGAAAAGGGCAUAAAGCUUUACACAGCUUUUGCAUCCUUUAUCGACAACCACACUAUCAAAACAGUAUCAGCUGACAAGAAGAAAACGGAGCGUAUUUUGCAUGCAAAAAAGGUCGUCAUCGCAACAGGUCUUCGUCCGCGGUAUCCAGAUGUCCCUGGCUCCGAGUACGGAAUCACUUCCGAUGAUCUGUUCUCAUUGCCCAAAUCUCCAGGCAAGACAUUAGUUGUCGGUGCCAGCUACGUUGCUCUAGAAUGUGCAGGCUUACUCGCUGGAGUUGGUUUCCCAGUAGAUCUACUCAUUCGGUCAAAGCCAUUGAAAUCAUUCGAUCAGGAUUGCGUGAAAUUGGUAAUGGCGAAUUUACAAGAGCAGGGUGUCAACGUCAUCUACGCUAAAGAAGUUGCACGUGUACGGUUGGACGGGGAUAAGAAGAAGGUGAAUUCUGUCGACGAGACAUACGACACAAUCGUUUGGGCUAUAGGUCGGGAUCCACAACAUGGCGACCUAAAUUUGGCCGGAGCUGAGGUGAAAGUCGACAAUUCUUCGGGAAAAAUUAUUGUGGGUAAAGAUGAUCAAACGUCUGCAGAGGACGUCUACGCAAUCGGAGACGUAGUUCAGGGCCGUCCCGAACUAACUCCAACUGCUAUUCGUGCUGGUCAAUUGUUAGCGCGACGUAUCUUCGCUGGUGCCAACCAAACCAUGAAUUACGAUAAUGUGCCAACUACCGUAUUCACACCCCUGGAAUUAGGCACAGUGGGACUGACGGAAGAAGAAGCUAUUCGGAAAUUUGGCUCCGAAAAUAUCGAGGUUUUCCAUUCGCAUUUCACACCUUUUGAAUAUGUUAUCCCACAAGAUCCCAGUUCUGCCCAUUGCUAUGCUAAGGUUAUUUGCCUUCGCAAUCCACCACGCAAAAUCCUCGGCAUGCAUAUUGUAAGUCCAAAUGCAGCCGAGAUCAUCCAAGGUUAUGCUGUAGCAUUCAACGCAGGCAUCACUUUCGAGCAAUUAACUGAUACAAUCGCAAUCCAUCCAUGCUCUUCUGAAGAAUUCAUCAAAUUACAAAUAACAAAGCGAUCAGGGUUGAGUCCAAAGGUGCAAGGAUGUUGUGGAUGA